ACGCGCUGGGGAGGCAGUGCGCAGGCGCGGGCCUGGCCGUGCGGGCGGCGGUUGAGGCUUCCGGACGCGGCGCCGACCAUGACCCAACAGGGCGCGGCGCUGCAGAACUACAACAACGAGUUGGUCAAGUGCAUCGAGGAGCUGUGUCAGAAGCGAGAGGAGCUGUGCCGGCAGAUCCAGCAGGAGGAGGACGAAAAGCAGCGGCUGCAGAAUGAGGUGAGGCAGCUGACGGAGAAGUUGGCCCGCGUCAACGAGAACCUGGCGCGCAAGAUCGCCUCUCGCAACGAGUUUGACCGGACCAUCGCAGAGACCGAGGCCGCCUACCUCAAGAUCCUGGAGAGCUCUCAGACUCUGCUCAGUGUCCUCAAGCGGGAAGCUGGGAACCUGACCAAAGCCACAGCCUCAGACCAGAAGAGUAGUGGAGGCAAGGACAGCUGACGAGGGCCUGUCUCAGCCGUGGCCUGUGGCUGCUCAGUCCCCAACAUGUCUGUCCUAAAGCAUCUUUGUUCUUCGUGGCCUCAGAUGCCUUCUCACUAUCACAGGAGCCCAGAGGGGCAACUUCUGACCUCCACCUGCCUUGGGUGACAAGAAAAGCCCUAGGACAGUCCAAUAGGAAAGGAGUUCCUCGCUCUGUACUCACAGGUGCCAUGGGGACCCUGAGCUCCUGGUUAGGAACAUGACUGGCCUCUCUCUGAAGCCCCCAAAUCCCCUUGGGCUGCCAGGGAGGUCCUGGUCCAGGUACUGUGGGAGCCACUCACUCUGCUCAGCCACUAGGGGCCCAGGCCAGGCAUGUUGAGGAAAGAAUCUUGACUCCAGAACUGAACCUUAGGGCCCAUCCCCAUGGCCUCUGAUGUUUCAAUAAAGGUUGUUUUGCAAAGA